GGACACGGCGCUCACCUAACUGCGCUGAUCCUUUUUGGAAAUUAAUAUUAAAAAAAAAAAAAAAAGGAGCCGAGGACGCAGAGGGGAAGGUGGGGGCAAGAGGGAAGGCGAGACACUCAGAGAGGGAGACAGAGCCCCACAGUGAGCGGAAGGAAAGAAGGCAACAGUCGCCGGCAGCCGAUGUAAAGACCGGACUCCGCGCGCCCUUUGCCGCCUCUGUCCGGCCUCAUCGAUGUUGUGUCCGCCGCCCGCUCGCACGGAUCACGAUGAAUGCACAGCUGACUAUGGAGGCGAUCGGCGAGCUGCACGGGGUGAGCCAUGAGCCGGUGCCCGCUCCUGCCGACCUGCUGGGCAGCAGCCCCCACGCGCGAAGCUCCGUGGCGCACCGCGGCAGCCACCUGCCCCCCGCGCACCCGCGCUCCAUGGGCAUGGCGUCGCUGCUGGACGGCGGCGGCGGCAGCGGCGAUUACCACCACCACCACCGGGCCCCCGAACACAGCCUAGCCGGCCCCCUGCACCCUACGAUGACCAUGGCCUGCGAGACUCCCCCAGGUAUGAGCAUGCCCACGACCUACACCACUUUAACCCCCCUGCAGCCGCUGCCGCCCAUCUCCACCGUGUCGGACAAGUUCCCCCACCAUCACCACCACCACCAUCACCACCACCACCCGCACCACCACCAGCGCCUGGCGGGCAAUGUGAGCGGUAGCUUCACGCUCAUGCGGGACGAGCGCGGGCUGGCCUCCAUGAAUAACCUCUAUACCCCGUACCACAAGGACGUGGCUGGCAUGGGCCAGAGCCUCUCGCCCCUCUCCGGUUCCGGUCUGGGCGGUAUCCACAACUCUCAGCAAGGGCUCCCCCACUAUGCUCACCCGGGUGCAGCCAUGCCCACUGACAAGAUGCUCACCCCCAACGGCUUUGAAGCCCACCACCCGGCCAUGCUCGGCCGUCACGGGGAGCAGCACCUCACGCCCACCUCGGCCGGCAUGGUACCCAUCAACGGCCUUCCUCCGCACCACCCCCACGCCCACCUGAACGCCCAGAGCCACGGGCAGCUCCUGGGCACGGCCCGGGAGCCCAACCCUUCCGUGACGGGUACGCAGGUCAGCAAUGGAAGUAAUUCAGGGCAGAUGGAAGAGAUCAAUACCAAAGAGGUGGCGCAGCGUAUCACCACCGAGCUCAAGCGCUACAGCAUCCCACAGGCCAUCUUCGCGCAGAGGGUGCUCUGCCGCUCCCAAGGGACCCUCUCGGACCUGCUGCGCAACCCCAAACCUUGGAGCAAACUCAAGUCCGGCCGGGAGACCUUCCGGAGAAUGUGGAAGUGGCUGCAGGAGCCGGAAUUCCAGCGCAUGUCUGCGCUCCGCUUAGCAGCUGAGUAAACUGCGGCUCAAAGACGAUGAAGGACUUGCCUGAUACCACACACCUGCCAGUGCCCACGGAGCUGGGGCUCAAGUUUGCGUCGUCCGAGUCCAGGUUCACCUGAGAAGUUGUGUUAUCAAUCUACUGGGCUUUCUAAACAUCUUCCAGGCCAAUACGUCUGUGCCCACAUAUUCCCAGACAAGUUCUUGGCAGACUUUUGUAUAGCUCGAUCAGCACUUUAGAUGUUAUAAUGUCUUUUGUGUCAUUAAAUCAGGUAAAUGGAUAUAAGUUGGUCACAUGAACGCUAGGCGGAUAGCAGAUUCUAGGGUGGUACUGUCUGCCUUGUGUUAUAACACGUGUUCUAAGACAAAGCUGUCUUAUAGUCUAGGUCAUGAAGGACUAGUAGUUUAUUUCUAAUUGCCAUCUGUCCUGGACCAAAUUCUGAUAACACAUUAAAAAAUCUAUUACUAGAGCAACAAUCCCAUGCUUGAAUGUUGCAGUAAUGUCAAACUGCCACAGAAAUUUCUAAUUGCUAAUUCCCAGUUUUCUGUGCUGAUCUUGCUUCAGGUCAGUAACAGUUCACAGACCAGCAUGGGUGUGCCAACAUGUUGAUAAAAACACUGUUCUAAGCAAUGCCGUUCCCGAGAAAAAUUCUCUCAAUAAAGAGUUCCUUAAUCAAAUAAAUUUAGGAGACUCCACAAGCUGGAAAGUAUCAGUGCACGCUAGCAUAUUGAAGCUCUGAGUCCUACACUGAAGAAGCUUGUUGCCCGUGGCUCAGUGGAUGGAGUGCUGGCCCGUGAACCAAGAGGUCACCAGUUCAAUUUGCGGUCAGGGCAUGUGCCUGGGUUGUAGGCCAUGUUCCCAGUUGUGGGCAUGCGAGAGGCAACUGAUCAAUAUAUCUCUUACACAUUGAUGUUUCUCUCCGUCUCUUUCUCUCUCCCUCCCCCUCGCUCAUAAUAAAUAAAAUCUUUUAAAAAAAUAGCUUGUUUAAUCAUCAGUUAACUCAGCCUUUCCCAAACUGACUAACCUCAAAAACUCAUUGUUCAUGAAAUACCUUUCAAGAUCCUGCAGAAUUCAUAUUUCCUGAAAUAGCCUUGGCUCUGUCUUGCCAAUUAUGGGUAAAGCACAGGCCCCAGGUAGGCCUGAAAUGAAAGUUUCUGUCCUUUGUUCAUGUCUUCAAGUUCUGUCUUUUUUAAAAAGUCUUUAUAAUCUUUUGUUUUGUAGUGCACAAAGUCAUGCUUUGCCUUUUACCAACCUCCAUGCCCACUUCUGCCUCCCUAAUGGGACUCGCUGUGGGUAAUGUCACCUAUAAAGAGGGUCACAGUCUCCUGUCUGCAACAGCCCCACUACGCUUGGCCACUGCAUCUUGAAAAUGUUUUUGCUUGCCCACCUUCACUGACAUGGCUCAUGACAGGCCAUCUUCCUCUUCAGCAUUACCUUUCACAAACCGGAGGGACCCUCUUCCCAUCAACCCAGUGCUGUGAUAAAUGCUUGUCCAUUUUUCACGGAAACUGUAUACCCACAGAAAAAGUGCAACUUUCACCAAAAACACACACACUGCUGUUCCCCGAGCAGCAGUGCUUCUUAUCACGCUCCUCCUGUACUUUCUUACUCUCUCUGCCUUGCACACUGUGGACUCCUGGGACUCCCAGCUGGAGGUUUCGCACCUUCCCUCAGGUCAUCUGGACCCGGAAACAAAUUCCACAGAAAUUCUAGAUCACUGCUGUCAUUCACAUUCUCUCUUUUUUAUUGUUUAUGCUAUGAUGUUUGUCCUGAAUUUUUCCCCUUUGCCCUUCUGCACCCAGUCCCCUUUCCCUCAGGCAAUUUCCGCAUUGUUGUCCAUUUCCGUGGGUCAGCGCGUGUGUGUUCUAUGGCUACUGCAUUUCCUAUGUGUACUUCACAUCCCCAUGACUGUUCCGUGGGUCAGUGCGUGUGUGUUCUAUGGCUACUGCAUUUCCUAUGUGUACUUCACAUCCCCAUGACUGUUCUGUGGGUCAGUGCGUGUGUGUUCUAUGGCUACUGCAUUUCCUAUGUGUACUUCACAUCCCCAUGACUGUUCUGUACUACCUGUUUGUGCUUCUUACUCCCCUCACCUUUUUUGCCCUUUCCCUGACAUCCUUCAAACCAUCUGGCAACCAUCAAAAUGUUCUCUGUAUCUAUGAUUCUGUCUCUGUUCUGCUUGUUUUUUAUUUGGUUUAUUUCAAUAGCCCGUGGGGACUGAGUUCCCCUUCAAGCACAGGUGGCAAACACAAGGCCCACAGGCUGAAUCCCGCCCCCCACCUUGUUUAAUAUGGCAGAAACCUUGUUUCUACCCAACAGCAGCACCGAGCUCCUUGCCCCUAGUUAAGGAGUAGUUACGUUUAUACAUUCCUAAAAUUACAUUCGGCCCUUUAAAGGCAACAAUGAAGCUGAUGUGGCCCCCAGUGAAAAUGAGUUUGACACCCCUGCCGUAGAGCCAGGCACUAUGCUAAGAGGUGUUGAGAUACAGCACCAGUCAGCCAAGCUCUCUGCUCUGGGAGAAUCUUACUUCCCAGAUUUGGACACUGUGGUGUCUACAGUGCUUGAGAGCUUGGGGCAGGAACGUCCAACAUCGGUAUUAUAUGAGACAUGAAUAGACAGACCCCACCAAAAAGGGGUUAAGAAAAUUUGGGAAAUAGAAUUACAUGUGCUAACGCAUAUUAUGAGUUUUCAGGGGAAGGCUAUAUAUAGUAGAUUUUUGUAAAUGUACUUGACCUGCAAAACAUCUUUUCAAGGAACCAUGUUUAAGACAGUAUUCCUCUGAUAGUAUUUGGGAAAUGCUGGCUUGGGGUAGCUUCGGCCCCCUCAGUCCUGCCAAACGCUGAGGACCAGAUGGAAGUUACUCAAAUAUGCAUCCUUAGGUAGGAAAUGGAUAUCUUUGUGAUAUCCCUUCUCUCUGCCUUUUGAAUGAUAAAUAGGUUGAGUCUGCACCCAAAGCUCGGUUAUUUGCUUUUCCACGAGCAUAUGUUCUGUGUUAUUUACCACCUAGAGCCCUGAUGACUCCCCAGUCUGUAUCCUAGCCCAGACCUCUCCCCUGAGCUACAAACCACGUACAUCCUGCCAUCUGCUGAACAAUCACCUAUCGGAGCUCUUUAACAAAAUGUCCAACGAGCACAUCAAAUGCAGUUUGCCCCACAUAGAAGUGAUUACUGCCCUGGUAAAGUUCAUUUCUCCAUCCGAAUGUCCUAAUGGCCCCAUUACUACCAUCCAACCAGAAACCUGGAAGACCUUCUGAAUACCAUCCUCCCAGCCAAAUUGGCAGUAAGUCCUCUUGGUUCUUUCUACCUUCCAAAAAGCUCUGGAAUUUGCUCCAUAUAUUUCAUCCUCAACGGCCAUUGUCUAAUUUGGGGUCUCACUACAGUGGUUUACUAAUGACUUCUAUCUUAGGUUAGGUUUUCUGGGGAAAAGACUCUGGAUUUCUGCAACCUGCAUGCAGAAGAUUACCAGAGAAAACUAUGGGGAAGAACACCUGUAGGGGGUGGGGAUGGAGGAGGUAAGACUGGGCAGAGAGAGAUGUUAAACUUUGAUGGAGUUGCAAUAAUAGCCUCAAUCAGUCCUAUAGGAGCUCUGGAACUAGAUGACCCUUCGGAGCUGUCUGGACUUGAUGCAAGGGACUGGAGUUGGGAGACCUUAAACCAGCACAUUCCCACUCUUUUCAGCCUCUACUAUCCAUAGCAACCUCCCUUCCCCCAGCCCGCCCUGGAUAUGGGCAGCCCCCCUCACCCCAGGGUGGUAUAACCUUUGUCCAAGGGCAAUUCCCAGAAUGGACCUCAGCUGAGAGCCACCAGCCACCAACUCCUCCAGCAGGUGGGAGAAGGGGCACCCUAGUCCUGAGGCAGAUCAGGGUGGCAUACCACAGCCUCCUUGUCCCUAAUCAUGUCGCUUUCCAAUAUGUCUCCCAGGACACCACCAGAGGAGUUUUUCUAGCCCCAGGUUUAAUCACACUACAUCCUUACUCGUAACCUUUCAAUAGCUCCUCAUUAUCUACAAGAUCAUUCAAUUCUGGUUUGUCUACCUGUAAAGGCUUGUUGCCCAUGACUUUCCUCCCGCAUGCACUCUUGCCCCACUAAUCCCCACCUACCGAUACUUAUCAGUCUUUCAUGCAUGUUGCUCCUCCUGCUGAGUAUGACUCUGUCCCACCUCACUCACCAGCAAACUCUCAUUCAUCCUUCAUAGCCCAGCAUAAGCACCUCCUCCUCUGUGAAACCUUCCUUAAUAUCCUCAAGCAGAGGUAUCCUAUAUACUCUUUUUCCACUCUUGCAGUUAUUUGUUUACAUGACCACAAGAACAACCUCUUUAAGAGCAAAGUCUGUGUUAUAUUCAUUUUUGAAUGUGAAUGAAUAGAUCAGCCAUGUGCAUCAGUACUGUAUAAAGCUGUGUCUAAAUAGACUGACUCAAACUAACUAGAGUUUUUGGUCUAAUCAGCUGUUUUUCUUCAGGGAUUUCAUCAAGUUGUCCAAUGAGGGCUGUAGGUCCCUGUGGGGAGGGAUUCUACUUGGGGAAAUUCAGCUGGUUUGGUAUACACAGCUCAGUGCUCUGUGGCUUCAUCAAUUCUUCCUAUUAUGUUGAUGCUGCUCCCUCAUAUUGGGAAAAUGAUGUAGCCAGUGCCCUAAGGCAGUGGUCCCUGACCUUUUGGCACCAGGGACUGGUUUUGUGGAAGAGUUUUUCCACCAACCCAGGGAUUGCGGGGCAGGGAUGGCUUCAGAUGAUUCAAGUGCAUUACAUUCAAGCUCACUCCCUGCUCUGUGGCUCAGUGCCUAAUAGGCCUGGACUGGUACCAGUCCGCGGCCCAGAGGUUGAGGACCCCUGAUCUAUGGUAUGUGGUCUCAAAGGUGCCAUGUGAUCUGACUUGCCCCCAGAUCUAUUUUUUGUGACUGAGCUCUCCCCUCAUGUUCAUUCUGAAACUCUUACCCUGUAUUUUCUGUGACUGGAUCAGUGGUUCCUUCAGUGGGGUGAAUGCACUCUAAGGCCUAGGCUAGCUGAUCCACCUAUAGAAGAGAAUUUCUACAUCUCUUUAUUUUACCUGUUUAAAAAUUUCUGUAUUUUGUGUAUGCUUUACCAUGUGCAUAAUAUAGUAAGUAGCACAAUAACACAAGUAUAUAAUUUAUAAAUAAAUAGUAUUACAAAGUAUACACUGAAGUAUACUUGAUAUUUUUAGAAUGAUCACAGAGGCUGCAGCCUGCCAGAGCUGGUGAACCAUCUCCUAAGGAAUUGAGAACCUGGAAUACAAAGAGCCAGGAGGCGGAGCAGACGGCAGCAAUGGGCCAGGGAGCCAACAGGAGGUCUGAGGGGAUAUGACAGGGCAAUAGUCCACCUGCUGCACAGGCAGAUGCCCCACCUGCCUCUCACUGUGAUUGGAACUCAUGUCAGAGUGUAGCCACCAGAUACAGAGAUAGUGGUGGCUUCGGCAGGCAUGCUCCAAAAUGCUCCAGAAGGCGUAGGGAGGGGGGCUGAGAGACAGCAAUCUGAUUGGAGUCAGGGCACAGCAGCCUGGUCUUAAAGUUGCAUUAGCAUAAUCAGAGCACUGUUUUCAUCUGGGUUGUACGGUUAUUUGAGGUUGCAACAUUGAUUGAUGGUCGAAAUGAGGAGUAGAGGGGAGGGUGUUGUUAGCAUUGCAACCUAUAGUGCCCUUUAGGCAGACGGCAGCCAGUGAGCCACAUUAAGCUAGAAAGAAGAGUGUGGCAUCAAGAGAGGAGGAGGGACCCUGCUCCAGCACCAAACCUGGGGCCAAGGGACACAUGGAGAUGAUGCUCUGGAUUAGCUCUAGCAGCCAGGAAGCAGUUGAUGAUAUAGGACCAAGAGGCAUGAUUAUUGCAGAACAGACCCAAGGUGGGUAUACGAUAUACUGUUACCAAAAGGACACCCCACCAAGUUCGCUAUGCCCGCCGCCAAAGGAAAGACAUCUCUUAACGCCAGAGAUUUGUGAAAGGGAAAUAUUUAUGUAAAACUAUACAGACUUAGAGUAGGGACUUAAUGUCUUCAUUAAAAUAUUAAAGUCCUUUAGGAUACCCACAGACACACACACACACAGUUUUUCCUUCUCCCUCUGCCCUAAUCUGGGUACCAUAUCUCAGGAAAAGAAGUAGAAGUCCAUGAUUUGUGCUCCCAGCACCAUCCUGUUCCAUGGUCCUGCUCCAUGUGUCCUUUCCCCCAACUCAAACCUGGGGGGGGGGGAGCAGGGACAGGGAGGACAUCCUAUAUAUUUUUCUAAUAUUUCCUGGACACCUGGAGUUCCAGACCCCAUUACAAAUUCCUAUUUGCCCCACCCCCCGCCUCGGCUGCACCCUGUUACAUGAUCAGGGAGGGGACCUGUAACAGACCACUGUGUUCUAUUAUUCUGGGUUCUAUUGCCUGCUAUCAGUAAGAACUGUGGCUCCCAAUGCCGGAGUCUUAUGAAGAGAAAAGGAACUAUUCAUUGAAAAGUUACACUGGUUUGGAAUGAUGGUGAAAUUCUACCGUUAAAUUUCAUACCCUUUAGAAACAAACAAACAAAAAAAAACCACCCACAAACACAGAGUCCUGCCUCUCUUGCCAAACCAGGCCAGUCAGAGAGAGGUACCAUCAUCUCUCAGGAAAAGAAAUAGACAUCUCUAGCUUAGCUGGGCAGAUUCCCGGCCGUAUUCCAGCUUCUUCCAGUCGUCUGUGCUUGGCUGGGUUCCUGCUCUUAAUCCAAAACCAAAUCCUCAUGUUGGGCCAGCGGGAGUCCUUCUGCAUCCUUUCAAACUGUGCGGCCAAGACCCCUCACAGCUCCUACAUCCUGCUUUUCUGCUCCUUUCAGAGCUGUAUGGUUAAGCCCUCCCAUGGCUGCCACACCUGGGUUUAAAACCGGGUGUGGAUCUUCCUCCAUAACCCCAUUUCUGACUCCUCCCACACUGGGUUAC